AUGGACUACCUCAUUCGCUUUGUGCAGAUGCACGAGACGUUCCGUAAGCCAGAGAUUGAUGCUCUUGCGCAGAUCAACAACAUCAGCAUAGAAUGGCUCUCAUACACCGAAGAGUCACACUUAUCCAUCAUCCGCUUCAAAGACGUCUCAGACCCCGGACUUGCUGCAAAGGCUCUCAUGUCUCGCUCCAUCCUAGCCUACGGCAUGUACGAGCUCUGGGGCGCAACCUCUGGCGCAGACUACAAAGACCUGCACCGCGACAUCACCACCCGCUCAAGACAUCUCUGGUCGCACUACGGCAGGCAAUCUUUCCGCUUCGAGCUUGACGCCUUCCAAGGCAAGCGCACCAUGGCCGAGCAGCGCCAAAUCAUGGAGGACCUCGUCUUCAUGGGCUUCACCGGCCCCAUCGCCAUGAAAAAUCCUGACAACCACUUCACAAUCUUCGAGGACUACAAACUGCACGCACCAGCGCCGCAUCAGCUCUGCUUUGGCAGACUUGUAGCUGAAGCGGGGAGGAGAGCUACUGCGACGUAUACGCUGAAGAAGCGGAAGUACAUCGCCACGACGUCAAUGGACGCGGAGCUAUCUCUGAUCACUGCAAACCUGGCACUCGCGGCACCUGGGAAAUUGACCUACGACCCAUUCAUGGGCACCGGCUCCUUCCCACUUGCGUGUGCACACUUCGGCGCCAACACGUUCGGCAGCGAUAUGGAUGGCCGCAGUAUCCGUGGCAAGAAAGGCCGAAAUGUCAAGGCCAACUUCGAGCAGUACUCCACCUCAUCACUAUACCUCGACGGCUUCGUGUCAGACUUGACCAAUACGCCUCUGCGGGAGCAACGGUACCUCGACGCCAUAGUCUGCGAUCCACCAUACGGCGUGCGUGAAGGGUUGAAAGUGCUCGGUAGCGAACGGCCACAUCUUCAGGACGUAGUCUAUCUAGCAGAUGGAACUCCCGCUCACCUUGGUCCCAACUAUAUCCCACCGAAGAAGCCAUACAGUUUCUUGCGGAUAUUGGACGACAUUCUCGAUUUCGGUGCGAGAAUGCUAACGGACAAUGGACGCUUAUGCAUGUGGAUGCCUGUCGCAGGUGUGGAUGUGGAGGAGUAUGAAGCCGAAGACGAAGCGAAAGCAGCAAAGGUUGAGGUGGAAGUCGAGUAUCCCGUACCUGAGCACCCGGCACUGGAGCUUGUGAGUACGUGCAGACAAGACUUCAACAAAUGGUCAAGACGCCUUUUGACGUAUCGACGGCUGCGGAACGAUGCAGUAGACACGGCUGCUCUGGCAGCGUACCAGCUGAAGCGGCUGGACUUGCAGGCUGACGGGAAUGGCAAAGUCACUGCUGAUGAUCUGAAUGCCUUCAGGAGAAGGUACUUCCAAGGCUUCCAAAAGCCCAGCCCAGCGCCGCAGACUACAUACACACCACCGGCUGGAUGA